AUGUGGAGCAGCGGAGGAAAUGUGAUGCACUUUAGCGGGCCCCCCAAGAGAAGCCUGCACACCAAAAGCAUCCUGAGGGAUUAUGAAAGCUCCCUGAUUCAAGACACCCAGUUUUUGGUGUCUGAGCUCAGCUCCCUGGACAUCCUGCAAUUUACCACAAUGCUGCGCCUGCUCUUCACUGGGAGAAAGGAGCAGACAGGGCUGAUUAACAUAAACUUUGGUGUGAUGAAGGCAUCGCUGGAACAGUGCCCUGGAGGGAAUCGCUCCCUGUUCGCAGUGGCCAGAGAGAAGUGUGUGUAUGCACUGAGGGAGGGGCUCUGUAUGGACCUCAUGGGCACCUUGCUCAGCCUCUCAGAUGGGGAGUUUGUCCAGGAGGAUUUCAUCACAGACCUGCCCACAGACCUGUCUGAUGACACUUUCCGAAACCUGACAGCUGUGUUUAAGGACCUGUAUGACAUGUUCUCAGUGAUCACACAAAGGGCCAUCUACAAGUGGAUCAUACUGGGGCUACAGAAGACUUAUAAAUCCAUACACAGCCCUAAUGUCUGGAUGACUGCAGAGAACCUGUGGUUCCUGGGCAGGUACAUGGUUCACCUGACUGUGGAGAGUAUUCACAGGAUCAGCCUCAGUGAGAUGCGGAUUUUCAUUCACUAUGACAAUGCCACCAAGCAGCUGGACUCUGUGUAUGACAUCAAGCUUGGCCCUGGCAAGGCUUUCCUCCAUAGAAUAAAUGCCUCUGGUUUUGACAUGGCCAAUGUGUCCAUUGCAUACAGGCUGGGAUUGUUGGUGUGCUUUUACGACAACGUGCAGCUGCUGGAUGCCAGUGAUGCCCGCAGUCUGCUGCACCAGCUCAUUAAGUGUAACCAGCUGCGGGGGAGCCUGAUAGAGGUGCAUAAGCUGAAGUCUCAGCUCCUGGCCAUCAUGAUUCGGAACCAGACCCUGAAUGAGUCUUUGGGCUCGGUGUCAGACGCGGUGGUGGGUCUGACUCCUAGCCAGCUGGAGUCACUAUCAGACCAGGCAGUGCAGAGCUCUAUGGCUGUCCUCCAGCAAGUCUCAGGCUGGACGCGAAGUCAGACCGUCGUACUGGCACACAAGUACAUGGGCACCAGCAAGGUUUUGUCUUUCAAAAACAUCAGUCAUCUGGGCUCUCUGGUGUCUGGGUUAGAUGCCAACCUCUUCUACAGUGUCAGCACAGCAGAGCUGGCACAGGCCACGGAGGGCACACUCAGUCAAUACGCCACACACCUCAGCCCAGCACAGCAACAGGCCAUCAUCAGUCAGAUGUUGACCACAGUGGACCUGGAGGAGGUGGUGAGGAGGAUCCCUGGGGUACUCUUCAGUGAAGUGUCUCUCUCCACAUUACUGCACCUGCCCAGGCUGGAGAGCACUGCCCUGGAGGACAAGCAUCUGACCCGCAGCCAGGCCUUCUUCCUGUUUGAUUUUCUCUCCAAGAGGACUCCAGUUGCAGACUUGCUGAGCACUGGGCAGCUGUUGAAAGGCAUCACAUGCGACAAAAUUCAGAGGAUGGACAACAACUCUCUGAUUGACAGCUUACCUGUGUUUAGCAAGAACAUCCAUCUCCUCUCUGCAUUCCAGAGGAACUGCUUGGCUUGGAGGUUCUGGGAUGUUCUGGACUCACAGAACUCAACCAUCCCCACUGUCCUGCUGUCUGCACUGCCGGUGGAAUAUGUGGACAAUAUGCCAACCUCCUCCUGCAAGAGCUUCCUGUUUACACUGGGUGACGUGGACUUUCACCACCUUACUGCGCAUACCAAGAAACUGGAGGCUGUUAUCAGGAAGGCCCUGCAAUGUCUGGGUGAAGGUAUUCGGGAUGAGUAUGAUGUGGACCUCCUUGGGAUACUGCUUUGCCACCUGCCUCCUGCAGCCAUCCGAGCCCAUCUGUCCCUGGCUGCCUUGCCCACUGCUCUCCAGCAGCUGCGUGGCUGUGCCCACCUCACCCAGGAGCAAAGGGAAGUGAUCAGGAGCAAGAUGCUGCAGCUCUAUGGAUCUGAACAGAGUCUUAACAACAGAUGUUCUGAUUUAAGCCCGCCUGAGAAGUGGAGUGCUGAGCUGACCCAAGAUUUGGGCCUGCUGGUCACACUGAUUUCCAGGGAAGAAAUACUUGUCCUAGCCAACAAGCAUCCAGAGGAAGUUUUGCCCCUAGUGACACAGGCCCAGGAGAGCCCUCUGCCAGAACACUUCCUGAGUGCCAUUUUUGAGGUAGUGCGUGGGACAGGAUACAGAGGCUGGCCCAGCCUAGGCUCGCAGAUUGACUGCCAUUCAAUCCGAGCGCCCUCUGCUGAUGAAAUCAGAAAGUUGUCAACAGCCAAUGUCUUCUGGCCUGCCGAAGAGUUGCAGUGCAUUAGCGAUGACACCUUCACCCAGACUGUGGAGCUGCUGGGCUCAGUGCAAGGGUACAGCCCGGCCCAGCUCAGGGCCCUAAAGAUUCGGGCCAAAGAGAGUUGGGGUCCGCUGUCUUCCUGGAAGACCUACCAUGUGAUUGCUCUGGGCUCCAUUGCUCUGGCAUUGACCGAGGAGGAGAUUUGGGAGCUCGACCUCAGUUCCACUGACACUCUCACCGCCUUUAGUCAGCAGAGCAGCUGGACAUCACAGCAGAUGAGCAGCAUGCUGUAUCACUUCCUGGAAGCAUCUGGACUCAGCAUGGUGGAACUGCGGGGGUCAGAUCUGGCUGCGCUGGGAGUGCUGCUGUGCGGGAUUGAACCCAGCCACAUCCACCUAAUCAGUCCUGGGGCCUACAGCUCCACAGCAGGCCGGAUUGGCACCCUGCCCUGCCCCCUGCCGGUCCUGCAGGAGCUAAAGAAAAAAGCAGAGGAGAUUUUUGGGGUAGCUGGUGGAUGGAACAGCUCUGUGCUGCAAGAGGUGGGCGUGGUGGCAGCUGGCAUGAGUAUUGAGGAGAUGAGAGAGUUAAAUUCAGACUUAAUGCCCUACCUGCUGCCUCAGGCCAUUGCUGCUAUCCCUCCUGAGAGCUUUAGGGAGUUCUCUUUGGAGAAGCUGCAGAGCUUGGGCCCAGAAAAUGCAAUGGCAGUAACACCAUUACAGCGUUCCCAGCUGAGUGAGGAGCAGCUACAGGCCCUCCAAGCAGCCAGAGACGGCCUAAGAGAAGCUCUGUUCAGCCACAUCCACCCUGCUAUCACUAUCACAGUUAGCUCAGCUGUCUCAAUUGCAGGUGUGUGUCUCCACGUCUGUGAGGGGCUGUGGUUCUUGGCCAUGAUGCGUACACCCCUCCUUGGAGAGUGGCAACUAUAG